AUCGGUCCGCUUCUUGUCUUUUACUCGCUCAUUCUUCCUAUGCCGAGAAUUCUUUGGGCACUCCUUGUGGGCAUUGCCCUGCUGGGCCUCGCGAAUGCACAGACGUCGAGGCCGCAAUUGAGUGGAUAUUUCACGUUCCUUCGGUACCGAAACCAAGCCUGCGAAGGAAAAUACGGCCAGAACGGAACAUGCGUCACCGAGCAGGAGUGUGGCGCCAAACAGGGCACGGACAUAGGACGAUGCGCUGAAGGCUAUGGAGUCUGCUGCAGAGUGAGUUUCACGUGCAACAUGGUGAGCAGUGUGAAUGAGACCGAGUUCGUGAACCCGAGCUACCCUAGCGGCGAGGUCGGCACGGGUACCUGCGAGGUGACGAUCACCAAGACGCCCGACAUCUGCCAACUACGCCUGGACUUCCUUGAGUUCAGCUUGGCGCCUCCCGAUGAGCAGGGUCUGUGCAACGUGGACUCCUUCAUGGUCCGCAGCACCGUGGGCGAGAAUCUACCGCAGCUCUGCGGUGAAAACAACGGACAACACCUGUACGUUGACAUGGGUCGACAGUCUGGCAACCCAGUCGUGCUCAGCGUUAUCAGCCGAGGAGGCAAGCGCCCGAGGCGGUGGAGAAUCAAGAUCAGCAUGAUUCAAUGUGGAAGCCUUGAUAUCGUGCCUCCGGGAUGCCUUCAGUACUUCCGCAGCCCAAGCGCCAUCGUGAGAAGUUUCAACUACGGUCCACCGGUGGACAGCAAGGUCCGAUACCUGAGCGGACUUCGUUACUCCAUAUGUCUUCGCGUGGAAGAGAACUUCUGCUCCAUCAAGUGGGAGACGGAGACCAACUCUUCGUUCUCGUGGGGACAGCCAACGUAUGAGGACAAUGUGGUGUCGUGCCGCGACGACUUCAUCACCGUCGACCAAGGGUCGACGUACGGCAUGGGCCCCGGAGAGGACCGGUUCUGCGGCACAAGACUCCACGAGAAGAACGUACUCAUAUCGCACAGCAAACCAUUCAUGCUGAAGGUCAAGUCAAACAUGGAUGCCACGGCCAACUCGCAAGAAAAUCAACACGGCUUUUCGCUACGGUACACCCAGCUACCGUGCGUCGAUUGACACGGAGAACCCUGGUCCGCAAAAUCAUCCCGUGUGAGUUGCGUUCUUGUAUUUUCG